GUCAGCAUUCAACGUUAUUGGCGUGGUUAUCGUACCAGGAUCAUGGUCGAUCGAUAUCUGGUGCAUCGUGUCCAUCAAAUGUGGCAGGAUUACUAUAACGAGAUGGCUACGAGGAUCCAAGCGUUCUGGCGUGGUUAUUGGAUCAGGAAAACCGUCCUUGACAUAGAGAAAAUGCGACGAUGGUUGAACGAAGUCUAUACGAAGAACGAGGAAACCGUGAAGAACAUGAAGAGGUUCAAACAGGAAGAGAUAGAAUGCGUGCAGACGAUAAUCGAACGCGAGUCCAUGCAGUGGAUACUGUUCAUCCUCUUCAAGUUACAUCAUUUGCUGAGAACGAAGCAACGGCCAGGUGUGUUCACCAGAAUCGACAGCACGCGGUUCACUUUGAUCGAGGAGAUGCUGAGAUGCUUGGAAUAUAAACGCUACAUGCGCGAUAAGAAGACGAAGCUAAAGAGGAAAUGUGAGGAUUGUCAAAUUGAUAGGAAACCAACGUUGAUCUUACGUGGAACGUACUAUGAAAGAUGCGAGAAAGAGAUUCACGAAAUACGGAAAAAUCUGGAAGCGGGAGCCGUGCCAAUAUAUAGAAGUAAGAGCUUGACGAAUUCUAGAUGGAAAAUUAAGUUUUGAUGAUUACUCCGAUUAAAUGCGAAUCAAACGAAAUUGAAAUUGUAAAUUUAGGUGAACCAUACGAGGAGCAUGAGAAGAGCAUUCGCAAACUAAACCAGAUGCGCUUAGCAAGUUCCAUAGACGAAGCGUACGAAACAGGUUCCCGACGAAAAAUCGAAAUGAAGAAUGACAAACAACGGAAGGUGUGCUCUUUGAGAAGAGAAUUCGAACAGCAAGCUUGUUGCAUCAAAGAAGCCGAUCUCUGCGAGAAGAUUAAGAAAAUGGAUUGUCAUCUAAACCAACUCCGCUUGAAAUGCCCUAUUCACGAUCCUCCGUGUCAAAAAUGAAAUAAUCUCAACGAUUACAAUUACGACACGUAUCUUAGAGAAAAGCAUGUACGAUAAAUCAUAGAGACAAAUGGAAAGUAUCUCGAAGAAAUAAUAU